GUGAGCUAGCACUGGAUCUUUGAUUUGAAUGGAUGCAAGGCCAGAGCUUGAAACGGGUCGGAUCAUUUCACAAACGGUGCCACCCUGUUGCCAUCAGCCCUUUAACGGCUCAAAGAUCAAUUCUUUAUCAAACCCAGAACACAGAAAUGGCGACUCAAUCCAAAAGACGAUCCAUGUGCCCGGCAUGCUCAAAACCGACCCGCCUCUGCCUCUGCACCCGCCUCAAGGUUCCAAAGCUCCACAACUCCAUCGCCGUCACAAUCCUCCAGCACAGUUUAGAGAAGAAGCACCCUCUCAAUUCCACCCGAAUAGCAUCCAUCGCCCUCCAGAAUCUUAGUGUGAUCCCAGUUUCCGAUGUCAAUUCCCAGGCCCGGUUUUUAAUCCGGCGCUUGUUUAACUCAAACCUUGAAAGGUCGAGUAGCUGUGAGGCCUGUGACCAACACGUCGUCGGUUUUGCAGUUGACAAGUACGGCACAGUUCUAUCUUUCCAAGAUGUUUGGAUGAUGGAAAAUGGGUCACCGCCAAGAUGUGGUUUUGAUCGGUUAUUGGCUUCAAGAGAAGCUGUUGAUGAUCUGGGCAAAGGGUUUGUGGUGAAAAAGUUGCAAACAAAGCCCUUGAGGGGAGGCAUUGGGCUUGAGGGCAUGUUGAGAGACCAAGACGAAGAAGAAGAGAAUGAAGAAUUUGAAAUUAGAGUUGGUGCUGGGUCAGUGUUACUUUUCCCAAGUGAGCGAGCAGUGAGGGUUGAAGAUCUGAGAGGUGUUGAAGUGAGGAAUUUGGUAGUGUUGGAUGGGACUUGGAGUAAAGCUAAGAGAAUGUACAAAGAGAAUCCAUGGCUGAAACUGCUGCCACAUGUGAAGCUUGAUGUGUUGGAUGGGAUGAGCAGCUUGUAUGGUGAAGUGAGGCAUCAACCAAAGGAGGGAUACUUCUCCACCAUUGAGAGCAUUGUGUAUGCACUCAAGGCUCUGGGCGAAAAAGAUGAUGAAGACUCAAAGGGCGGCUUGGAUGAUCUGCUCGAUGUUUUUGUGUCCAUGGUUGCAGAUCAAAGGCGAUGCAAAGAUGAGAGAUUGCGCCAAGCCAACCAAACAAACUUCUUGUAGUUAUACUCCCUCCCCUUCCUCUGUGUUCCUAUCCAUCCAGCAUGUAUAAUGCUGCUGCAUCAAGUUUCUUUCUUUCCUUCUUUCUUUUAGCCUUUUAGGUAACAUUUCUUUUUUUUUUGGGAACCCUUUUAGGUAACAUUUCGUCCAUUAACUACUUUUUUGUUACUCCC